AUGGCCACUGAAGUUGAAUUUGCAAACAAAUUUGUGCAGUUGUUGGAAGUUACAACCCCUUCUGCAGACGCACAACAGGCAUUUGCUGAUUCAUUUAACUUGAACAGCAUCAGCAGAUUACCAGGAAAUUUCACUUUCCCACCGCUACCCCGUCCAUUCGGUGCUACGAGACAGAAUGCUUUAACCGAUAGCAAUGAGUGCAAGGAUGCCGGAGAGACAGAGGAGGUUAUUGCUACUGUUGAGUUUACAUUCAAAUCACUUAAACAGCCGAAAUUUAAUCUCAAACUAGCGCUCGAUAUCAAGCCAAGCACUAACAUCUACAUGGUUAAAUCAUCACUUGCACAACUUCUCGAAGGAUCUCCAGAGACAGCCAUAGCUGUCCAGCCAGCAGACAUCAAGCUCAUGAUCCGCACAAAGACUCUACAAGACUCAGAAAACGUUUCUCAAGUCCUGGAGUCCGCCGGAUCGACAGGUUCUCUUUCUCUGAAUGUCCUUAUUAGCCAGUUCAAGGCCAAAACGCAGGAAACAAAGGAGAAAAGCCCAGACGUUUCCAUUCCAGGACACGCAGCUAUCACGGAGGCCUCAUGGUCCCAAAUUUCCGAUAUUCUUUUGAAAGAUUUAAAGGACCAGGCAAAAGUUGAUCAGACCAUCAAAGGAUUCAAAAACUCACUGUGA